CGGUUGAAGCCAUUAAGCUGCUAUUAAGUUCCAGAGGUUUCUUCACUGUCAUCGUCUCUGGUAGUUAGAGAUUUCAGAUGUUUAUACAGGACAGUUAUGCCAGCGGAUAUAGCGAUCAUCAUCCCUCCUUCUGUUCAUCUUCUCACAGAGAUGUGAUUUAUAGCUGUGGUUCCUGUGGAUAUGCACUGAACUUAUGUUCCUCCAACCGGAACACCUCAACCAUUGGACUUAAAUACGGGAAAUCCAUAAAGAGGGGGAUCAUAUCAUUCUUCUCAAUCGAUGAGAGCAGAUUCACUCAGAUUGAUGAAAUCUUCUGCAUACCUUACUUCAUCUCCAAAUACUCUUGGGGUUUGGUCCGCCGAAGAACAUUGCUUCUCUGCCGUAAAUGUGGGAACCAUAUUGGCCAUGCUUACGAGGAACGUACCUCGUCUAAUCUCUCAUCUGAUGGAUCAGAUUUCACCUCAGGAAAGGGAAACUCUGUUUAUAAAAAAUAUGAUGUCAAAAUACGUGCUUUACAACCCUUGUCCAUUGAAGAAUCUGGUGUUCCGCUGGUUAUCUAAUGUACAUUGGCAAGAUUCCUGUGUGUUUGCCAUGGCCUGCUUAAAGAACCAUCAAACAACCAAGAAGGCUUGAGAAGGAUCGUAGAAAGAUUAUCUUUACAAUGAAAUGGCUUCUCAAAGUCAUCAUCAUACAUCACAUACAGAAGUGCCAUUGUAGGAAAUGAGUUCCUUAACCAACAUUUAUCAACCUCUCCUCUGCUCAUAGAUUGUAGAUGGGAACUAUGACAUGAUACAUUG